AUGACAUUUUCUAACAAGACCAAUGUACAUCCUUCCACUUUCAUUCUCAUUGGAAUUCCAGGACUAGAGACUGCUCACAUCUGGAUCUCCAUCCCUUUCUGCCUUGUGUACUUAUUGGCUCUACUGGGAAACUUUGCCCUGCUUUUUAUCAUCAAAACUGACCCAAGCCUUCAUGAGCCCAUGUACCUCUUCCUGUGCAUGUUGGCUGUGGCAGACCUGAUUGUUUGUACCACUGCUAUUCCCAAGCUUCUCAGCCUCUUCUGGUUCAAAGACAGGGAAAUCCGGUUUGAAGCUUGCCUUACACAAGUAUUUUUGAUUCACUCCUGCUCCACAAUGGAAUCUGGUUUCUUUCUGGCCAUGGCCUUUGAUCGCUAUGUGGCCAUAUGCAAACCUCUUAGGCAUUCAGCAAUCCUGACCCACACAGUCAUUGGGAGCAUGGGAUUGGCUGUUAUUUUCCGUGGAGCUGUGCUACUUUGUCCUCACCCCUUUCUACUCAGAUGGCUUCCCUACUGCAAAACUAAUAUCAUCUCUCAUACCUACUGUGAGUUUAUGGCCUUGAUCAAGCUGGCCUGUGCUGAGACUAGAAUACGGAGAGCUUAUAGCCUAAUUGUUGCAUUCCUUACUGGAGGACUGGAUUUCAUACUAAUCAUCUGUUCCUACAUUUUCAUUCUCCAUACUGUCUUCCAGCUCCCUUCCAAGGAUGCACGUCUCAAAACCCUGGGAACCUGUGGAUCUCAUGUUUGUGUCAUAUUAGUUUCCUACACCCCAGCUUUUUUCUCAUUCCUCACACACAGAUUUGGACACCACAUUGCUCCUCACGUCCACAUUUUUGUGGCUAACAUCUACCUACUAGUUCCACCUAUGGUAAAUCCUAUUAUCUAUGGGGUAAGGACUCAGAGAAUCCGGGAGAGAAUCCUCAAAGUUUUUAAUCCUCUAAAGGCCUGA